UAGAUGUUGUCCGGUAAAGUACUCUUCAUUGUUUAUGACCCAGCCGGGUAGCACUUUCGUCACGUAGCGUGCAUCCCUUUGCUCCCAACGCACACCCACCCCUCAUACCUAAACCCAUCAUGGCCGACGUAAGAUCGAUGCUGCGCGCCGAACGGGCAGCGCGGACGCAGCCCGCAGCAGCGCGCAAGACCGGCAAGCCAGCCAGCAGCAAAAAGCGCAAAGCCGACGACGACGAAGACGAGGCUGAAGACGAUUCGCGCAAGCGCGCUAAAGGCCCUGGAUCCCACGCCCUCCCUGCAGGCUUCUUCGACGCAGGCGCCGACGAAAUCGAAGCUCCGGAGCGCACCGCGUCGCCCGCGAUCGAGUCGACGCAGUUCACGUCGCGGCCGGCCGCGCCUGCCAACGCCAACCUUCCGUCGGGCUUUUUCGACGCCGCCUCCGCCGCCGAGCCUGCACCCCCGCGGGCUGAUCCACCCCAGGCAGACGCGAUCGAUGAGGACGAGUGGGCCGCGUUCGAGCGCGAGGUCGCGUCGCCGCCGCCGGAAGCGGGGCGCGCAGCCCUGGCCGCGAUCAACUCGGCAGCCGCGAUCGAGGCGAAACCGCUGACGGUGGAGGAGCUGGCGGCGCAGGCGAGGGAGCAGCGAAGCACACAGCGCGGAGCACGGGAGGCCGAGUUGGAGGCCGAGAAGGAAGAUGCGGCGCGCCAUCUGGAAGAGGAAUUCGACGAGAUGGAGCAGCUGGAGGACCGGGUGCGGAAGCUGCGCCAGAAACGAGAGGCGCUCCGCCAUACCGCGGCUGCAGAGGAGAACGGCAUGGAUGCGGAGCCUGACGAAGGCGCUGCUGGUUCUGAUGGUGGCGCGAGGGACGCUAAUGGCCACGAUGAGAGCGAUCCCGAGGAGCUGGAUGACGACGAUCUGGAGGACGACUUUGAUGACUGGCGGUUUCGCUGAAAGAAAGACGCCGUUUCCUUGCUUGGUUGCAGACUGCACUACACUGCGCUGCUUCGAUCACGAUACCGAUACUGACGACGCCGUUACGGCACCCUACCCACCUACCUAAUCAACCACGCACGACCUGCACGGCCUGAGGCAACAUCCGCUGUCAGCACGUUGCUUAUCGCGUGCAUCUAUUUUACUGCGCUCAAAGCGGCAUCACGAGUUCUACCAAGGCAUCCACGGGGCUGAUGGCGGUUAUGCGUUGUACAAAGAAAGGACG